AUGGGGGACUUCCCAUACAAAGAUCCGAGCAAGGUUCGUUUCGAGAAGCCUGCUCUUUUUGUCCGCGGAACCAAAAGCAAGUAUGUACCGGAUGAUGUUUUGCCCAUCAUCGGACAAUUCUUCCCCAAGUUUCGGUUGGCAGACAUCGACGCCGGUCACUGGGUGAUAUCAGAGAAGCCGGAAGACUUCCGCCAGGUACCGGUCGCGUAG